UCUUUUCAAUUUGUUAUUUUGUUUACGUUUUGUCCUGUUGUUUACUUGUUUUUGUUUUGAAAUGUACUGACUGUUAUGGAAACAAUUUGAGAAUGAAAAUAUUUUGUAGAAAAGUCGCCCGAACGAAGAUAUGAGAAUGAUAGGCACAGCGCCAACAGACAAGAAUUGAAAUUCUGAACUGUCUGCUAAUUACCAUGCCACGUUACAGAUUGCAAUCAAGGCAAGACGAUGUAUUUGAUAAUCCAGGCCUAAUCAAUAAGGCAUUUUUAUAAUACAUGAUACUCAAUUCUGUAACGAGUAUCCUAUAACAGGCUGCAAUGCAUUUUCAACUUUUGAUAUCAGCUUGGCUUACUGUUUGCUUAGUGGCUGUCACCAAAUCCACAAAUCCUAUUGUUGAUCAGAUUAAAGAUUUCAAAUCCUGGCAAGGUAAAUCAUCUUGUAAGAGUGUGAGCACGUUGUUUGACAUCCAAAAAAGAUUUACAUGGCAGUUGAGUCGUUUAGCUGGUGAUAAGAACAGAGUCAAAGAUUUGUUGGCUCCCCAGGUCACAACCCUUCACCUUUUUCUAAGGGAAUUGAAUGACACUAAAUAUGCAAUAUUUUCUUCCUUCAACUUUUUGAGCAAACUGCUCAAGGAGGAUUACAAAUCAAUCCAGGAUGUAAAAGGAGGGAUUGCGUCAAGGAUUACAUAUUUUCAAAAUGAGAUUGGCCGUGAACAAGAGUUGUUUAAUGGGAUUUUGAAAGCCGAAAAGGAGUUGGAUGCCUUUGUUAAAGAGAAAGAAAAACAAAAUGACACCACUAAUUCCCAUUCUUCAAAAAUGCAAAAGUAUGUUGAAGAAGUUUUAAGUGAUGUUUCUAAUGCUGCAGAUAAACUUGAAAACUCUCUUGAAGAAAAUGCCUAUUCGAAGCAAGUUGGAGGAGCAUAUGAGGUUGUUCUCAGAAUGAGUGAGAAUGAAGAAGGAGAUAUCAUGGACAGUAGUGAAAACAAUUACAGCCAGCUAUUAAAUGAUCAGAACAAAUAUGUGAUGACUACGUUAAUCGAUUCAGGCAGUAAUUAUUUUGUUCUGUCAAAACCAAAUGAUCCAACCUUGCCACAUGAGGAUAGGCACCUCAUACAGAAUGUUAUUAGCAUCAUAAUUGUUUCAUUUCUCUUUGCACUGGUCUGCAACAUUUUUCACAUGCCUACAAUGUUUGGGUUUGUUCUUGCAGGCAUGAUUCUAGGUCCAACUGGCAUAAAUGUUAUUCAGUCUGUGGUUCAAAUUGAAACACUUGGGGAGUUUGGUGUUUUUCUUAUCUUGUUUUCACUGGGACUAGAAUUCUCUCCUGAUAGAAUCAAAAAGGUAUGGAAGGUGGCAAUUUACGGAAGCACGUUCAUAAUGGUCACGGUGGUGUUUUGUGGCAUCGUAUGGGGAUCAUUUUUUGGUAUUCCCACCCAACAAAGUUCAUUUGUUGCGGCAUGCCUUUGUUUGUCCAGCACACCACUUGUAGCAAAGUUUAUUUCCUCCUCAGAAAAGGCGUCGCUGGACUUUGGUGGCGGAAAACAUCAUACUAACGGCGACGACUACGCAGGUCCGUUACUUGGUAUUUUAAUCAUGCAAGAUGUUCAUUUAGGAUUUCUUAUCGCUAUUCUUCCUGCAUUGGCUGGACAUCACGGUACCCGAAGCGCAAGAGUCAUAAAGUCUGGUUUAGUGCACGAUCUCUUACAUGGCAUUAGACAUUCAGAGGAGACAGUUCCUGCCGGCUGGCUGAUGAUUGAACUGAUGCUCGCCCUACUUGGUGUCCUUAUGUUUGGGUACCUCGUGUCCAAGUAUUUUUUGGGUAAAUUUUUAAGGUAUCUUCAAAGUAGAGAAGACGGCCAUUUGGAGUUGUUAGCACUCGGCGUUUUAGCGUUCUGUUUUGUAUUUCUUCAACUAACUGAAAUUCUUGGAAUUUCAAUGGAACUUGGAUGUUUUAUGGCUGGGACGAUGAUCAGCUCUCAGGGUGAAGCUGUCACACAAAAGUUGAAUAUUUUAUUGGAGCCAAUAAAAGAUGUAUUUUCCUGCAUUUUCUUCGCUUCUAUAGGUUUACAUGUGUUUCCAACGUUUCUUUAUGAUCAGCUGGCUCUCAUUACAACGUUAACUCUCGGCGUUGUAAUAAUAAAGUUCGUCGUUGCCUCCUCGGUUCUUCGCUUUCUAAUGCUUCAACCAAGGAACGUGAGGUUUAUUAUAGCUGCAGGUCUCGCUCAAGUCAGUGAGUUUUCGUUUGUUCUUGGAAGUCGAGCGCGACGACUGGGAUUGAUAACAAGAGAGGGGGAACAACGAAAGGAGCGAGAUUGAUCUAUUUUAAAGCUACAUACCUUGGUUUUCACUUGCGACAAAAGCGUGUGAGGAACAGGAAGACAAUAGGCUGGUAACAACAUAUAUAUAGGCACAAGGAUAACUUGAAGCUUAGGCCAUUUAAAAAAAAAAUUCCUGUCUUGAGACAUUUGAGCCGGGUACGUUUCAUUUGUAUUUUCACUUACAUUUUGAAGACUCUUGACUAAUUUACAUCACUUGCCAAAUUAGAAUUGCAUUGCAAGUUGAAAGAUUCCACAAACAGCAGCCAUCGCCGAUCGUUGGUGACAUAUGAGAACCAGACGUAACAGCUUGCUAUGAGCAAACUAAUAGCGAAUAAUUAAAGAGUCUAAGAUUUAUUUUAUUCAUGAAAUUUCUCUCUUUCUAUUUUUGGCGACAUGAAGUUCUUACAGGGGGGUAACUAGAGCGAUAAUUGGGGUGAGGGGGUGUGAAUGUUCAUAUCUUCAGUUCUACCCGACGGAUUUCUUUUGUAAGUGCAAUAGUUUACUUGAAAGGCUAUAUAUUUGCUGGAAUAUCGCAGCAAAGUACGAAAUUUACAUCAGUGAAAAUCCGUUGGACAAGAUAAGCCAUGUGGCCUUAUUGAGAGUCAACUAACGCAAGUUAUGCAUGGCAAGUUUACUAACAUAGACUGAACAAACAUGAAUAAUGAAACAUUCGUAAUGCGAUAUGCGUGGGUCCUUAUGCUCCUCAUUCCUCUCCGCUGUGUAGUCAACGGUCCUGGAAACUGUCUUCUGUAAAAUACAUUAUAUGUAGCAUGGCGCCAUUUAAUUAAGAAACUUUGCAUAUAAAGCCAAGUUGAAAAUCAUGGCAUGCUGCAGAUAAGAUAACGAGAUGCGAUUCAAAUUAACUUUGCUAUGCAAUCAUAAUACGGGCUGCUUUUUUGUACGUACGCGUGUACGCAUGUAAAAUUUAAAAUCAUUAAGUGAUACUUAUAAGAUCAACGAUUAUAUAGAUGCUAAGGGUUAGAUUUUGUUGAAGAUUUGUUGGGGUUUUUUCUGCCAUAAAAUUAAAUAUACAACAACUUAGAAGCUUUUAAGCUUUUACGUGCGUGUAUAUAUACGUACGUGCAAAUAACGCGACAGUGGAGAGCAGCCGUAAAGCUUAACAGGUCUUAAAAUAACGGACAGUUGUCACAGUUAAUGACCGGUCAAGUUCGCCACAAUUUGUCUAUAGCAUUAAUGUUGACCGCGCCUGGAAUUGUGGAGGUUGAAUUUAUGUAUUGAUGCAUGUAUGGCCACAAGUUAAGCAGACUUUAAUAAUUGCCUUUCACCUCAGUGGUUCCCCGUAACCGCGGUAACAGUGUUCGUUAUUUCGAGGCCUGAGACAUAAUCGGUAAAAUCCGACUGCAUAUUGAAUACUUUGUGGCCUAAAAAUACUAUUUUUUCGCUUUU